UGGGAGUGGUGCUACGUACUUGUCCCGACUUGCCGCUUACACUUCCUACUAUAUACACACACACAUAAGAUCCGAGCCAUUAGAAUGGUGUUAAAACUUAGCGCAAUGAAGUAUGUGCCGCUGAUGGUGUUUCAACUUAUACUUAUGGUCCUAUUCUUCGUAUUCACAAGAUACGGGCUGGAUAAAGACGUUAAUGUUAGAGGGUUCGAAGGCACCCAUGUUAUGAUAUUCAUCGGCUUCGGUUACCUUAUGACGUUUCUCAAGAAAUACAGCUACAGCGCUCUAGGGUUCAACUGGCUACUCGCCGCCCUGGUCGUGCAGUGGGCCCUGCUGUGCCAGUCAUUCUAUUACAUGGAGAACAAUAUCAUCUGGAUUACCAAGAAGUCCUUGCUCGAAGCCGACAUCAUGGCGGCCACUAUACUUAUUACAUUUGGAGCCCUGCUUGGCAUUGCAAGUGGGAUACAAUUGCUUUUUAUUGCUAUCGUUGAGACCGCAGUAGCCUGUUUGAAUCUUUGGUUGCUGUCAGACGUUUUUAAGGCAGCGGAUGUUGGCGGCUCUAUAGGAAUACACACGUUUGGAGCGUACUUCGGACUUGGUGUCAGUGCCGCGUUGAGAUACAAAAAAGCAAACUCUACUGAAGGAAAUGAAGAAACUGUUCAAACAAACGACCUAAACGGACCCAGCUACGUAUCGGAUGUAACUGCUAUGAUUGGAUCUAUAUUCCUUUGGAUUUACUGGCCAUCAUUCAAUUCGGGGCUGGCCAACACAGAUGUAGAGUAUCAAAAAGCUGUCAUCAACACAUACUUGUCACUGGCCGCUAGUACCGUCACAACAUUCAUCCUGUCGUCGGCAGUGAGCAACCACGGAAGGUUCGACAUGGUGCACGUGCAAAACUCUACGCUGGCCGGCGGCGUCGCGGUGGGCUCCGUCAGCAAUAUGGAGAUCGGGCCUGGCGGGGCCAUCGCCGUAGGCAUUGGCGCGGGCAUCAUCAGCGUACUUGGAUAUACAUAUUUGACACCGCGCCUCACUAAGCUUGGCGUGUCAGACACGUGCGGUGUGAACAAUCUACAUGGCAUGCCAGGAGUGUACUCUGGCCUCCUCUCCGUACUAUUUGCUGGUAUUGCCACGCAAGACAGUUACGGGGCUGCGGGACUAGCCAGCGUCUUCCCUAGAAUGGCCAAGGAGGGGACGUCAGCCAGCAGCCAAGCAUUAUACCAGUUCAUAGCACUAGUCGUCACAAUAGGACUGUCCGCGGGAUCGGGAUUCGUCACUGGUCUAUUGUCGAAAUUAUCCUUCUUUGACUCUCUGAAAGAAACGGAGAAAUACGACGACGAAGUCAACUGGGAGUUACCUUAAAUCAGUUAAACAUAAAAAGAUAACACAAAAAGAUAUCUUACCCAAUGGUUAGCUGGUAGAGAAUGCCAUAUGGCAUUAAGCUCACCACUUGUACAAAGUUUUAUUGUGCAAUAAAGAAUAAAUUAAAAAAAAA